AUGGCUGAUGCAUGGCAUGGCUACCCACCAAUGCAGCAACAACUGGUAACUAGUUCAUCCCAGCUGCUUUCACACUUCAAAGACGGUUCUUCAGAGACAGAGGAGUUCAAACAGAACAAGAAACAGCCUCAGCAAGAAGAGGCUCUGAAUCAAAUGGCCAACUCCGUUUUUGGCGAAGGCAACCUUCUCCGGUUCGGAAGCCAAAAUCGUAUUCGUCCACUGUACGAUACCUUUGAAGCCUCAGGGCCAAAUGGCAAACACACAUGUCUCGUACAUCCGCCAAUGCACAUUACCUUGCUUGGCUUCAUGCAGAGGUUACCCAACCGGCGGCUCGACAAGCAUAUCCUGAGACUUACCGUGAAGUACCUAUUAAAUGCGCUUGACUUUUUACACACUGAAGCAAAGGUCGUUCAUACAGGUCAGUUUGCUAUCCAUGGUUAUAUGUUCGAGACCAACAGGGCUAACAAAACUCAAGAUUUGAAAGCGGACAAUAUCAUGUUGUCCGUGGCCGACAAAUCCGUUCUGGAUGACUAUGUGAAUACUGAGGUCAAUGACCCUAGUCCAAGAAAGAUUGUUGACGAUGUACGAACCAUUUACACAUCGCGCCCGCUACGUACUCCGGCAGAUAGUAACUGGGGCCCUCCAUUCUUGUGCGACUUUGGAGAGGCUAGAAUUGGAGAAACUCACAGAAUGAAGGCCCUUGGUGACACCCAACCGCAUGUGUAUCGAGCACCUGAGGUGACUUUUAGGAUGACUUGGGGUCCCAGCAUUGACAUCUGGAAUUUUGCGAAUUUAGUAUGGCUACCUGGCUUGCGGUAUUUUGGUCUGUACCCUACUAAUUCGCCGCAGAUAUGGGAUUUAUUGGAGCCAGAUCGUCUAUUCCCUAACAUCCAUCGGGGUAAAGUCUAUUGCCCAUAUAAACACAUGGCUAAGAUUGUUUCAGUGCUGGGCCCACCUCCAAAAGUGUUCAUAUCAAGAAGUGAAGACACUCACAACUGUUUUGACAGCGAGGGCAACUGGACACCGAAGGAAGCAGAAGAAAUCCCGUCGUAUCGACUUGAGGAUUCAGAGACCGCACUCGAGGGAAGGGAGAGGGAUUUGUUCCUGCAAUUCAUACGAUCCAUGCUAACCUGGCUCCCCGAACAUCGGAAAACUGCCAAAGAGUUAUUAGAUGACCCCUGGCUGAACAAUAAAAUCGAUUGA